AUGUUCAGAAGAUCCAAAGUCACAGAUGGGACGGGGAAUGGCCAAGGACCCGCUGCAGAGAAUGAAGUGGGUAUCCGGAAGAAAUCUCGUGUUCCAGGAGUGAUGAUCACGCAGUUCAUAGAGACUUUGCCAGAGGGAAAGAGCCAUCCGGACUUUACGCGCAAACCAAUUGCUUUGACCAUCCAAGAAGGGAAAUUUGCUUUCUUUAAAGCUAUUGUCACCGGAGAGCCUAAACCCGAUGUGGCAUGGAGCAGAAAUAAUGGAGACGUGUCUGACACUUCAAAAUAUCAGAGCAAAUAUGACGCUAACACCAAUGAGCAUACUUUUGAGAUGCCAAAUGUCACAGCGGCUCAGGCAGACACGUACAAAUGUUUUGCAACCAAUGAAUUUGGACAAGCCAUGGUUACAGUUGUACUGAAUGUAAUUGAAGUUGGCUACAAAAAGAACAAACAACCCCAGCAAAACGUAAAAGAACCCAUUAGCAGUUUUAAGAAAGUACUGCGAAAAAGUAAAGUGCUUCCAAAAUCAGAGCAAACAGAGAAGAAGGAUGGGGAGUUGGAUCCUAAAUUUUGGGAGUUGUUGCUGAGUGCUGACAAGAAAGACUACGAGAGAAUCUGUGCAGAGUACGGAGUGACUGAUUUUCGCUGGAUGCUGAAGAAACUCAAUGAAAUGAAAAAGGAACGGGAGGAGGAACAAGCUGAGUUUGUCAGGAACCUAUCCAACCUGAGACACAUUCGGGUGAAUUCAGACGGUACUGCCUCAUUCGAGAUCGACAUGGACCUUAUUGAGCAGAGCCACUCAAUAUACCUGUAUAAGGAUGGUGAAAUGAUUCCCUACACAAAAGAGUUGGGAGACACAAUGAAACACAGUCUGAGGAAAGUGGGGAGAAAGUAUAUUUUCAGCAUGAGGGAUCUCAGGCCAGAAGACGGUGGAUUCUACCAGCUGGAUGUGGAAAAUGUGAAUAUAUUUUCCACAGAUUUUAAAAUUCCCAUGGUUGAUUUCUUGGUGAAAAUUCAGGAAGUGAAGGCAAUAGAGAGAGAAGACGCCGUAUUUGAGUGUGUCCUUUCGGUUCCUCUUGCCAAGAUUUCAUGGUUUGGCAAGAAUCUGCCCUUGGAUCAAGGAGACAAAUACGAUAUUGAGGUUUCUGAGGACAAGCUCAUUCACAGGCUGGUGGUCAAAGAUUGUAUGGUCAUCGACAAAGGCAUUUAUUCUGCCUGUGCAGGAAUAAAAUCAUGCAAUGCCUGGCUUGUUGUUGAAGCCGACAAAGACACAGAUCAGGGCAAGAAGUCGGUAAGGAAGACAACAAAGGCAGGAGGAUCUGGUAUCAACCUGGAGAAGGUGGCUCAAGAGCAACACGAAAAGUUGGAAAAACAGAAAGAGGAAUUGAAAAAACAAAUCGAAGCUGUACCCCCACCCGAACCCCCCAAACCAAUUCCAGAAAUGAAGCCUGAGCCUGAACCUCCAGCUGUAACUAAAGAGCCUGCGAUCAUCUGUGGACUCUCUGAUAUGUACUGUCUACGUGGAAAACCAGCCGAACUAAAAGUCACGAUGAACAUGGACUGCGACGGCGCCUGGUUUAAAGACGGACAGCCGCUAAGCGCCGGUGCUGGGAUCAGCAUAAGCAAAGAUUCCACAUCUCACGUGCUGACUUUUAAAAACUGCCAAGAUGACAACUCGGGCAUCUACCGCUUUGUAUCAGGGGAUCAGAGUACGCAAGGAAAGGUCACCGUCGGAGACGCACCGGAAUUUGACCAGGAUGACCUUCACAAGUUCUGCAAGCCGUUGACAGUGCGAGUGGGUCAGAACGCCACUUUCAAGAUGCCCUUUGCUCCCCAGGAGGCUAUGAUUGUUAACUGGUCGAAGAACGGCACAGAGGUGAAAGACGGAGGAGGAGUAAAGAUUGUGAGGGAGCCCAAUCACAGCCGCCUGCUCUUCAGAGACUGCCUACGGGGGGACGCGGGGGAAAUUAAAAUCCAGCUUAAAACCCCGUUCGGGGCCGCCGAGGCAACCUCUCAGCUUUUUGUGCUCGAUCGCCCAGGUCCCCCAGAGGGUCCGGUGGAAACAGUUGAGACCACCUCAACUCUUAUUGAGAUCAAAUGGAAACCUCCCAAAGAUGACGGCGGCAGCCCCAUCACCAACUACAUCAUUGAGCGCCAGCAGGAGGGCCACAAUCUGUGGACCAAACUUGGGCAUGUCUCUGGUGACAAGACUACCUUGAGGGACAGAUAUGUGACCCACGGGAAGAAGUACAGCUAUCGCAUCUAUGCAGAAAACUCAGAAGGCCUUGGCGACUCCCUGGAGACAGCUGAUAGAAUUAUGGCUGGCAUGAUGAUACUUUCCGGGCCACCCGGUGCCCCUCAAGUUGUCGCCACCUCAAAGACCUGUAUCACUUUGACGUGGACCCCACCUGAGGAUGACAGAGGAGUGCCCGUCAUCGGUUAUCAACUGGAGAAACGGAAAAAGGACACAAAUCAGUGGAUUUCCUUGAACGCUGUGAAUGAACCAAUUAAAGAUGUGAACUAUGCAGUUAAAGAAAUCACCGAGGGAGCAGAGUACGAGUUCAGGGUUCUUGCAAUUAAUGAGUCUGGAGCCGGGGAUCCGAGCCCCGCUUCUGCAAUGGUGUGUGCAAAGAAUCCCAACAUGAGGCCUUACUUCAAAGACCCAGAGGACUUCAUUGUUGUCAGAGCAGGAAAUUCAGCGCGAGUAAAAAUCCUCUAUGAGGCUGAACCUCCACCGGAGAUCACAUGGCUCAAGGACGAUGAACCGUUACCGCCAUGGAUAAAUAUCAUCAAUUCUGAGGGAAUGUCGCAACUUGUUAUUCCCUCAUCUAAGCGCUCAGACUCCGCCAUCUACACGGUCAUAGCCAAAAAUUCAGUGGGGCAGGCUUGCUUUGACAUUGAGGUUAGAGUUACAGAUGAACCAAAGAGCCCAGGGCCGGUGGAACUCGAGCAAACCGUCCAUGGAAAAGUGGUGGUAACGUGGGUUCCAUCGCCAGACCAGGAGCUUGAUGACAGACUUUACUACACGAUAGCUCAACGUGACUCCAACACUAGGGUGUGGAAAACUGUUGCAGAUCGCCUGUUCACGAAUACGCAUACAGUCAACAACAUCCUUCCUGGGCUGGAAUACCACUUCCGGGUCUUCGCCAAGAAUGACAUGGGACUGUCGGAUCCGUCGCAGUCACCGACAUGGGGAGCGAAUAGCAACAGAGUUCCAAUCACGUACAAUGGAAUCAACUCGACGCAAAUCAGCUUUGAGAGGCCCCCGUCCAUCUUGGUCCCUCUGAAGGUCCAUGCACCACCUAAAGGUUACCAAGUCUACAUGACGUGUGCCGUGCGAGGGUUCCCAACACCCACAGUGUCCUGGUUCCUAAACGACCAGUGCAUCAACUCGGACAGCAACUACUACAUCACCAACUCCUUUGGCGUAUGCUGCAUGUAUAUUCUCAGAGUGCGGCCAAAGGACGGCGGAGAAUACAAAGUCGUUGCCGUGAACUCAUUUGGCAAGGCGGAAUGUUCCACUAAACUCAUUGUUAGAGAAUAAAUCAUCAUGACGGCCUUAUCCGGGAAGUUGCAUUAUUUCAGAGAAAAACUUUUAUGUAAAAGAAAAACAAAUCUUAAAU